AAUGGGAGUGAGCAGGGGCGGGCGCGGCGGCGCGAGACCCAUGAAUGAGAGAAACGUGCCCCGCGCGAGACGUCGCGCGCGCCCGGGACAGGGAGCCAAUGGGAAUGCUGGGAGGGCUCGGGACCCGGCACUGAGGGCAGCGGUCGCUGCCAGCUCGAACACUAGCGUCGCCGGGCGGGAGCGCGCAGAGCGGGGCGGGCGUGGAGCGUGCGGGGGCCGCGCGCUGCUUCUCAGGGGCCGGACGGCACUGCCGGGAGGCAUCGGUGACAACGACGGCGCCGGGGGUGAGGCAGUGUAACCCAGUUGAAUCCAGAAAGCCCAAGAUUGAAGAAAGAUCAAAGACAUUGACUAAUCUGGAAACAGGGACCUCUUCGGAACUUUGCUUUCAUCCACAGUAACCUUUUAAAAGUAUCAUCAAGUGGAAUUGAUUUGUUCAUCUUAUUUUGCUUAUUGAGAAGAACAUGUCUUCAGGGAUUUUAUAUUUCUCUUUAGUUUUGCAGUAACUCUAUAGAAAACUGAGCCCUUAAAGGGCUUGGGGAUAACAAGAAGAGAUUGAAGACAAGCUUGCUCUCUCUGUUUUCCUUUCCUCAUCAAAGAAAAGGAUUUACAACUCAACCUUGGAACAGCUGUUGCCCAGCUUUAGCCAUCAAGAGAAAAUAAAAUUAAAUCACCAUUGCCCAGACUACAAACCCUGAAGUCAAGGUGUGGGACUGGUGGCGUUGAGAAAACUGCCUAAAAGGAACAAGAACUGCAGCAAAAACUACUUCUCCCUAAAGCUGGAAAGGGCCUCAGCUUCCUUUUUGGAUUAAAGUAGAAACACAGGGCACAUCUCCUGUAGGUGCAGCUCACAUUUCGUGGAAGUGUCCGAGUUGUGGAGGUACCAUAGUAUCUCCUCAGAAGAGUUUCUCCUUGCUGGAAGCAUUCUGCCCUACCCCGAUUUCCCCCCUUCUGCCCCUUUGAAGACUUAACUCUGUUCAUGAGCUUUACCUUGAUCUGUCUGACUGCCCAUGUUCUCCACCUGCAGCCAUUUGCGUGUGUACAGCCUACUGUUUGUCUCCAGUUGUUAAACUGUACAAGUUGUGUUUAUUAAUCUCUCCUUCUGCCUUGCUCUGGGGAGGUGGUUAUUCAUCAUUUGGAAUCACCUUUCCCCCUCCCAUGUGCUUUCCUUCAUUUGAGAUCUUUUGAUCUUUAGUUUUAUUUGGGAGGGGGAAGGGUGAUAAUUUAAAAUUUUCUGUUUCCCUGGUUUCUUUCUGUACUCUCUUCUCCAUUGUUUCCCACAUCCCGUUUUCUUGUCUGUUCUGCCGCUGUGUGGGCCUGGGCUAUGCGGCAGGGCAGAUCUCCCAGCAGAGCUCCAUCAUGCCCGCAGAGUCUGGAAAGAGAUUCAAACCCAGCAAGUAUGUUCCAGUCUCAGCAGCUGCCAUCUUCUUAGUAGGAGCUACAACCCUCUUCUUUGCCUUUACCUGUCCAGGACUAAGCCUCUAUGUGUCACCUGCAGUGCCCAUCUACAAUGCAAUUGUUUUUCUCUUUGUGCUGGCCAACUUCAGCAUGGCCACCUUCAUGGAUCCAGGGAUUUUCCCUCGAGCUGAGGAGGAUGAAGACAAGGAAGAUGACUUCCGAGCUCCCCUUUACAAAACAGUAGAGAUCAAGGGCAUCCAGGUGCGCAUGAAAUGGUGUGCUACCUGCCGCUUCUAUCGUCCUCCUCGGUGUUCCCACUGCAGUGUCUGUGACAACUGUGUGGAGGAAUUUGAUCAUCACUGCCCCUGGGUGAACAACUGUAUUGGUCGCCGGAACUACCGUUAUUUCUUCCUCUUCCUCCUUUCCCUGACAGCACACAUUAUGGGUGUGUUUGGCUUUGGCCUCCUUUAUGUCCUUUACCACAUGGAGGAACUCUCAGGGGUCCGCACGGCUGUCACAAUGGCAGUGAUGUGUGUGGCUGGCUUAUUCUUCAUCCCUGUAGCUGGCCUCACAGGAUUUCAUGUGGUGCUGGUGGCUAGGGGACGCACAACCAAUGAACAGGUUACGGGUAAAUUCCGGGGAGGUGUGAACCCCUUCACCAAUGGCUGCUGUAACAAUGUCAGCCGUGUACUGUGCAGCUCCCCAGCACCCAGGUAUUUGGGGAGACCAAAAAAAGAGAAGACAAUUGUAAUCAGACCUCCCUUCCUUCGACCAGAAGUGUCAGAUGGGCAGAUAACUGUGAAGAUCAUGGACAAUGGCAUCCAGGGAGAGCUGAGGAGAAGUAAGUCUAAGGGAAGCAUGGAGAUGACAGAGAGCCAGUCUGCAGAUGCUGAACCUCCACCUCCUCCUAAGCCAGACCUGAGCCGUUACACAGGGCUACGAGCACACCUCAGCCUGGCUACCAAUGAAGAUAGCAGCCUCCUGGUCAAGGACAGCCCCCCGACACCUACCAUGUACAAGUACCGGCCGGGCUACAGUAGCAACAGUGCGUCAGCUGCCAUGCCUCAUUCAUCCAGCGCCAAGUUGAGUCGUGGGGACAGCUUGAAGGAGCCAACCUCAAUUGCAGAGAGCAGCCGCCAUCCCAGCUACCGCUCAGAGCCCAGCUUGGAGCCAGAGAGCUUCCGUUCUCCCACAUUUGGCAAAAGCUUUCACUUUGAUCCACUAUCCAGUGGCUCACGUUCCUCCAGCCUCAAGUCAGCCCAGGGCACAGGCUUUGAGCUGGGCCAGUUGCAGUCCAUUCGUUCAGAGGGCACAACCUCCACCUCCUAUAAGAGCCUGGCUAAUCAGACACGCAAUGGAAGCCUAUCUUAUGACAGCCUGCUCACUCCUUCAGACAGCCCUGAUUUCGAGUCAGUGCAGGCAGGGCCUGAGCCAGACCCUCCUUUAGGCUACACCUCUCCCUUCCUGUCAGCCCGGCUGGCCCAGCAACGGGAAGCCGAGAGGCACCCACGUUUGGUGCCAACCGGCCCAACACACCGAGAGCCCUCACCAGUCCGGUACGACAAUCUGUCGCGCCAUAUUGUGGCCUCCCUCCAGGAACGAGAGAAGCUGCUACGCCAGUCACCCCCACUCCCAGGCCGUGAGGAAGAACCAGGCUUGGGGGACUCGGGCAUUCAGUCAACACCAGGCUCAGGCCAUGCCCCUCGUACUAGCUCCUCCUCAGAUGAUUCAAAGAGAUCACCCUUGGGCAAGACUCCACUGGGACGCCCAUCUGCCCCCCGUUUUGGCAAGCCAGAUGGGCUAAGAGGCCGGGGACUAGGGUCCCCUGAACCAGGCCCAGCUGCCCCAUACCUGGGCCGAUCUAUAUCUUACAGCAGCCAAAAAGUCCCACCUGGUGUGUCUGAGGCGGAGGAAGUGGCUUUGCAGCCAUUACUGACACCCAAAGAUGAAGUACAACUCAAGACAGCCUACAGCAAAUCCAACGGGCAGCCCAAGAGUAUAGGCUCAUCGUCCCCUGGCCCAGGCCAGCCACCUCUCAGUAGCCCCACAAGGGGAGGAGUCAAGAAGGUGUCAGGAGUGGGUGGGACCACCUAUGAGAUUUCGGUGUGAGCCUUUGGCACCUCCCCUUCCCACACCUCUGCACCUACACCAAAGGGCCCCAGGUGGCCACCGUCCUUUCCUCAAGGGGCUCCCCUCCCCUGCAUGGACAUUUUUUACACCACCGAUUCCAAGAGGAGGAGGAGUGUUUUAUAAAAUGCAGUGGGGUUGGGGAGUUGGAGAGUUGGGGCCCUGAGACUGGGGUAGCAACCCCUUUCACUUUUGAAGAUCUUCCCUUCCUUAACCCCUGGACCAGACUCAGUGGACAUUUGUGCAAUUGCUCGCCCUGGAGGGAACCAGAUCAUUUUUAAACCAGAAAUAAUUUUUUUUAUUAUUGUUACGGAUUCUAUUUUUUUCCUCUUCUGCGUUACCAGGUGUGUGUGUACAUAUAUAUAUAUAUAUGUGUGUGUGUAUAUAUAUAUAUAUAUAUAUAUUAUAAAUAUCAAAGAAAUUAUAUAUCUAUCCUGGGAUGGGAAAAUGAGGGAUAUGUGGAGGGGGAUAUAAUUCUUCCUGUUCCUCAGACCAGCAGGAAAGGGGAGACAUGAAAUGAAGUCUUCCUUUUCUCCAUGGUUUCCUCUUGUCCCAGUUACCAACUAAGGAAAUAGCACCCCCUGUUGUUGGUGCUGAGUAAUCCGGAAAGAAACCCUGGGAGAGGAGAGUGGGAUCUUGGUCAGAGGAGGGAAGGACUUGGAGAGAUUUAGUUUUCUAGGUUCCUUGGCACUUAGUUUUCCCAGGAAAGGGGUCAGAGCUCCAUGACUUUGGUAGUUGAGGGGUGAUCAGAAAAAGAGCUUGUCUAAGCUCCAGAAACAAUAUGGGAAAACCUCCCCUUCUUGGGGGUGAAGGAUUAAGGUUGGCUUCUUCAGGUCCCUCAAAGCCUUCCCCCAACUCACAGUUAACAUUAUUUUUAAAUCCAAGGCCGGGAGAGAAGAAUCCAAAAAGCAAUAUUUUCGUCACAUGCCAAAAACAGGAUGGAGAGAUGGAGUGGCAGACCUAGGCCCCUCCAGUUGUCCCUUGGGGGUUACCCCUUAGCCCACCUCAGUAUGGUGCUGGAUAGUGGGGAUACCUGGGUUUUAACCUCUAAAUAGGGGAGACCCCAGCCUCUAGACAGAGGCCCUUUUAUUUUUUACUCUGAUUAGCCAUUUUAAACCAACAAGGAAUAAAAACAUCCUGAUCUAACCAG